GCAAUUCUCUAGCAGCUACUAUUCCUGGCUAGCUAGCAAGCUCCUUGUGAAAAUUUCUCAUACAAGUUACACGAAGGUAUAUUAAUACUUGCUAUAGCUAGAUCUUUUAAAGACAGAGAAAUGGAGAGGCAGCACCAACUUUUGUCCAAGAUUGCAACGAAUGAUAGACAUGGAGAGAACUCCCCAUAUUUUGAUGGAUGGAAAGCUUACGAUAAAAACCCUUUUCACCCUACUGACAACCCCGAUGGAGUAAUACAAAUGGGUCUAGCAGAAAAUCAGCUUUCCGCUGAUUCGAUUAUAGACUGGAUCAAGAAACAUCCCAAAGCCUCCAUUUGCAAUCCUGAAGGAGUUCAUAUGUUCAAGGAUAUUGCUAACUUUCAGGAUUAUCAUGGCCUGCCAGAGUUUCGACAGGCUAUUGCGAAGUUUAUGGGGAGAGUUAGAGGAGGAAGGGUGACAUUUGAUCCAGAUCGCAUAGUCAUGAGCGGUGGAGCAACUGGAGCAAACGAGCUGAUCAUGUUUUGCCUGGCCGAUCCCGGGGAUGCUUUCCUUGUUCCUUCUCCUUACUAUCCUGCAUUCUAUCGAGACCUGGGAUGGCGCACUGGGGUCCAGAUUGUUCCAGUUGACUGCGAUAGCUCAAACAAUUUCCAGAUCACAAAAGUAGCGCUGGAAGCAGCAUAUGAUAAGGCACAACAGGAUGGCAUCAAUGUCAAAGGCUUAAUCAUAACAAACCCAUCAAAUCCACUUGGCACCACCUUGGACAGAGAGACACUAAAGUGCCUCUUGAGCUUCAUCAAUGAGAAAAACAUACACAUAGUCUGCGAUGAAAUUUAUGCUGCGACCAUCUUCAGCUCCCAGAAUUUCGUAAGCGUUUCUGAGGUUAUAGAAGAGGUCAUGGAUUGCAACCGUGACCUCAUUCACAUUGUUUACAGUCUGUCCAAGGACAUGGGACUCCCUGGCUUCAGAGUUGGAAUUGUUUACUCAUACAACGAUGCAGUUGUUAAUUGCGGCCGAAAGAUGUCAAGUUUUGGGCUGGUCUCCUCACAAACUCAAUAUUUACUUGCUUCAAUGCUUUCUGAUGAAGAGUUUGUCGAGGAUUUCCUAGCCGAGAGCUCGAAGAGGCUAAAGAAAAGGCACGGUAUUUUCACAAAGGGAUUGGAACAAAUUGGGAUCAGUUGUUUGGAAAGCAAAGCCGGUCUCUUUGUUUGGAUGAAUUUGCGCCAUCUCCUUAAGGAACAAACAAAUGAUGGUGAAAUGGAACUGUGGCGUGUGAUCGUUAAUGACGUGAAGCUAAAUGUUUCGCCAGGCUCUUCCUUCCAUUGCGUUGAGCCUGGUUGGUUUAGGGUCUGCUUCGCCAAUAUGGAUGAUGAAACUCUGGAAGUUGCACUGAAAAGAAUACACGCAUUUGUCGGUGAACAAAAUGAAAGGGAUACAGUGUCAACGAAAACCAAGGAUAUGCCAUCAAAGACCAAGUGCUGGAAGAAGAAUCUUCGGCUCAGCUUCUCAUCUCGUAUAUUUGAAGAGGGUAUUGGAUCUCCAAUUGCGAUGUCUCCUCACUCGCCGCUUGUUCGAGCAAGGAAUUAAUUAAAUCCGUAAAUUGCAUAGAGUUCUAAUCAACUCCACUGCUAGGUGCUAGCUACUUGGAUUAAUGAAAUAAGAUUCUUUCGUCACAGGGAAGGGGCAGUUAAACAUUUUUUUUCCCAUUAAUUCAGUAAAUGUUUAGAAGUGAAGGCUGGAUGAACAGCCAUUUAAUAUUCGAAAUUCAAUGUAAUGAUGUCAAUUUGAAAUUCAAGUGAUAAUUGUUCUUCUUCUUUUA